AGCGGAUCACCGCAAGUCGCGUUGUACGCUCGGCCAAACAGCUUCAGAUUCUAAACACAAUCAUCCGCAACGAGACUAGAAAAUUUCCUUGAAGAUCAAGUUCAAGGAAAUAAACAUCGAAACCCACAAGGAUAUUGAAGCACCGAAAACUUUGAUUAGAAAUUAAAGUUGGAAUCAUCACUCGGUAACCGCGUUCAUCAGCAAGUUGGAUCUCCUGCACGGUGCAGUUUGUGAUCGAAAGUGUUUGUUCACCGGGUUAAUAUAAACACGUAGUUUUAGAUGUAACAGUAUUAAAGAAUCCUUCAAAUCAUACGUAUCUUUUCGAAUAUAAUUGGAUUGAUCGAUCGACAUAGUGAUAAUCUCGUGAAGUCAGUUGUAACGCGUAGAGAUUGGACGUCUCUGUAUCUGGACGGUAGAUUUUAGCUGUCGCGGCUGAACGAAAUUUGACAGUUAAUGUGCAACAUGGCCUUACUAUAUUAUGUAUGCGUUCUAAUACUAUCAGUUGUUACGUGCAUUCAGGGGGCUCUUAAAGUGUCAACGCAGGAUUUAAAAAUACAACUCAAUCAAGAAAAGUCAUUUAACUUAUCCUUGACAGAUCCUGAGAAGUUUAUAAAAGUUACAAUAGAUGUACAACAUCCUGAUUUGAUAGCUGUCAAGCCCUCCAACUUUAAUCUCACAAAUGAAAAAGAACAGCUAAUUUAUGUAAAAGGUCUGAAUGCAGGCCAUUCAGUAGUUAGUGCUAAUGUGAAUUCUAUUGAUAUUAUAGAUUUUUCUCAAGCAUUUGUCAGAGUGACAAUAGAAAAAUCGGAUGCACUUUAUCAUAUUAGUGCUGUGGUUGGUUGGGUAUAUUUUUUAGCAUGGAGUGUAAGCUUUUAUCCACAAAUCUAUAUCAAUUAUAAACGUAAAAGUGUUGUGGGUCUUAAUUUUGAUUACCUAUCACUGAAUAUUGUUGGUUUUCUUAUGUAUGCAUUGUUUAAUUGUGGUCUCUACUGGAUACCUGAGAUUGAGAAUGAAUAUUUUAAUCGCUAUCCGAAAGGCUUAAAUCCUGUACAAAUCAAUGAUAUAUUUUUCUCAUUACACGCAGUAUUUGCUACCGUAGUAACUAUUGGACAGUGUUUCAUUUAUGAGAUUGGCAGUCAAAGAGUAUCAACGAUCGCACGUAUUAUUCACGGAGUAUUUGCGAUCUUUAUAUUAAUAUCUUUGAUAUUAUCUUGCGUCAAAACAAUCAACUGGCUAGAUUUCCUUUACUACUGCAGCUACGUUAAGCUCAGCAUAACGCUUAUCAAAUAUAUACCACAAGCAUUUUAUAAUUAUCGAAGGAAAUCUACUGUCGGUUGGAGUAUAGGAAAUAUAUUCUUAGAUUUUACCGGUGGCACUUUAUCAAUGCUACAGAUGAUACUCAACGCUUACAACUACGACGAUUGGGAAAGUAUUUUCGGAGAUCCGACUAAGUUCGGCCUGGGAUUCUUUUCGGUGGCGUUUGAUAUAUUUUUCAUUAUUCAACAUUAUGUUUUAUACAGGAAUCGUACAGAUUAUAUCGAGGUACUUGGCCAUUGCCAGGAAGAGUCCGAAAGCGUGUGCAAUAUAUAAAUGCGCGUAUCGCUUGUUUUUCAUCAAUCUCGUCAGAACACUUAAAAUAUUACUCGUCGCAAGCCGAAACGUCCUUCUUUCCUCAUCGAUCGUGUAUUAUAUACAUGUUUCGCAGAAAAAUUGCAUAUAACUGUGCACGUAAGC